CUCGCGUAACGGCAACAGUCUACAAAUGGCGCUGGGGCUUCAAAAGAAUAUAAAUAUGGCCGGCUUCCCACCUUCCUCAACUCUCUCUGAAUGUCUCCAUUACCGAUUAGCAUAGUACCCAAGUACACCUCAUACAUUACAUAUACGCAUAAAAUGGAAUCCACUCUCGAAUACAAGUACCACCCAAACAAGAAGGCCACCUUUGUGCUUGCACCAUUCUCCGGUGGCCAGGGAAAGUCUGGGGUUGAAGAUGGUCCAGAACACUUAAUCCAGGCUGGUAUCGAAUCCCAGAUCAAGGAGCUCGGCUGGUCCACCCAGGUUUCCGAGCCGUUGAAGAACACCAACUACGAAAGCUUAAAGAACGACGAUUCCGACACCCACGGUAACUGUAAGCGUCCAAAGAUCGUUGGUGAAGCUACCCAGAAAGUCUACGAAGCGGUUAAAUUUGCGGCCGAACAAGGCACCAUGCCUAUUACCUUAGGUGGUGACCACUCCAUUGCUAUUGGUACCGUUGCCGGGGUGCUUUCCAAGUAUCCUAACGCUGGUGUCUUAUGGAUUGAUGCCCAUGCCGACAUCAACACCCCCUUGACCACUGACUCCGGUAACUUGCACGGCUGCCCUGUUUCUUUCUUGAUGGGCUUGGAUCGCGAAUCAUACCCACCAAGCUUGCAGUGGGUGCCUGAGUGUUUAUCCACCAAGAAGAUUUCUUACAUCGGGUUGAGAGACAUCGACCAGGGUGAGAAAAAGAUCUUGAGAGAACACGGCAUUUCUGCUUUCUCGAUGUACCACGUUGAUAAGUACGGUAUCGCCAAGGUGGUUGAGAUGGCUAUGGCUGCUGUGAGUGGGGGCGAUAAGGACUGUCCAAUCCACGUGUCCUACGACGUUGACGCCAUUGAUCCACAGUUCGUUCCUGCCACCGGUACCCCAGUCAGAGGCGGUUUGACCCUUAGAGAAGGUAUGUAUAUUGUGGAGGCCGUGGCUGAGACUGGUAACUUGGUUGCUUUGGACAUUGUCGAAUGCAACCCAAGUCUCGGCACCGAAGAUGCCCAUAUUUUGGACACCAUCACCGCGGGCUGUGCCAUCGGCAGAUGCGCUUUGGGGGAGACCUUGUUGUAAAGAUGUACAUUAGAUAAGAAAUAUUAAUAAAGUAAAAACAAAGAAACGUAUGAAUGGU